AUGGAGGUGAAGCCGCUACGAGGUGUUGGAAACUUGGAGAAGUUCCUUAUCCAUCAACAUCUCGUCAAGUUCUACAACAACGUGCAAGUGGCUUGCACAUACACCCUCUGCAACACGACACCUGCACUCGUCGAUAGUGACAUUAGGGGGUUGAUUUUCACCGCCUUAGGAAAGACGGUAGAGCGGCAUCCUAUUCUUGGCGUUGCCUUGACAGAUGAAGACAGUCCUCAGCCGUCAUUCAAAAGACUCGAUCAAAUCGAUCUCCGAGAGAUCGUCCACUUCGUCGAGGCAGAUCCUGCUGAUCUCUCGGCCGUUGACGCCAGGAUUCAAGACGAACAUCAGAAGCCAUUUCACAGGACUCAGGACCUUCCUUUAUGGCGCUGCGAAGUGAUCAAGUCGUCUGAUUCGAAAGAUGUAACCACUUUUGCCCUCUCCUUUUCAUUCCACCACGUCGUUGGGGAUGGGCUGUCGGGGGCAGCAUUCCACCGCACGUUCCGUAACGCGCUGAAUGGCCUCAUAGAGUCAGAGAAAACAAGCCCCAGCACCUCCUCUAAACCUGAGAUUGUUCAGGUGCCAAAGCUUGAUUUGAUCCCUCACUUGGAGGAGACUAUGGAUCUUCCCCUCACUGCCUUCUUCAUGUUGACCAAGGCAUUCAAAACAUAUUUGUAUUCGUCUACGGAUACUCUGGAAUGGUCGGGGCCUCCUAUUCAAGUUGCACUCCCUCCGGUGAGCAACACUCGAACUUUCUACUUACCACGCAGCGUGGUAAAAGACUUGCGGAAUGGCUGUAGGAAGCAUCAAACGACCAUAACCGCUCUUUUGACAGUCCUUGUGGCACGAAUUCUCGGUGUCUUAUACCCAACUCAUUCUCGCUUCAUCGCCUCAGUACCAUUUUCGCUGAGGAAGUUCUCGAAGCAUUCACCAGACGACAUGGGUUGCUUUACAGCGAUCGCGGAGCCUUGUUUUUCUGCCGAUAAAAGCUUGCCGUGGGGUUACAUCUCAUGCCGGUCAAGUACUGCAUAUGCGGCAGAGACUGCCUCGGCAGAUGACAACAAGAUCUGGAAGGCCGCCAGCGAGUGCAAAGAUUUCAUUCACCAAAGGAGCUCCUCGUCGGAGAACCUCUCUGUUGGUCUAACCAAGUUCGUGAGCGACUACCGACAGCACUUCCUGGGCAUGUUGGGUGGAAGGAGACGGCACGCCUUCAAUGUGACGAACAUCGGUGUCGUGGACGGUGGGAUAUCAUCAGUGGCUGGCCUAGAGGAGCAUAAAGUAGCAUUUGAUCGUGUCGUGUUUUCAGCGGGAGCCUCAAAGAGUGGCUCGCCAUUUACAGUUUGUCUUGCUUCUGCUAAGGACGGCUACAUGUCUAUUACUGUAAACUGGGAGAAAGGGGUCGUAGAGGACUCGUCUGCAGGCGAGCUUUCAGUAUCCUUGGAAAAGGAGCUGAACAGAUUGGCCGAGGCCGAGAGAGAUAUGUAG